CUCCCUCAGUCUGUGUGAUUUCUUUAAUCCUCGUGACUCCCGACGGCUUCCUUUGGCCGCCUUCAAUCCCAUUCGCCCUUUUAAUGCGUCAGGAGUAGAUCUCGUCACGGGGGACAAGAGGGAGAGGGAAAGAAGGAGGGAAGCCGGCAGCGGCAGCAAGAAGAAGCAGAUGACGAUGAGCGGAGCAAGAUAGGGGCUUGGAGUUCUUUAUUUGGCUUGCUCGCUCGGCGUCUUGGUGUCCCGUCGGACUUCGUGCUACCCACAUUCCUCAGAUUUCUCGGUUUUGUUCCCUAAGGGUCUCUGUGAAGAUCACUUUUGCUGGUCGGGAUGGUGAAUGUAGCAUGACUUUUUUUUAUGUUCUAUCAAUCCUCACAUCGGUUCCAAGAUUUACAAAGACGAGGGCUGCAACGAGCAUCAGGUGCGACGCCCCAGGAGGAAGUGCGAGGAAAGGCUGUUGCUUUUGAUCCGCGGAAUGACUAUUGACAAUCCACCAAUGACAGCACAAGUUACCAGGGCAAGCCAAUCUUCCUUUAGCUCCGGCAAUGGAAAUGUAACACCUUUGCACAAUUCUGCUGCCAGCGUAAAUGGGGAUGGAUAUGACAGUGAUGGAUCCUACUUCGCUCCUCCUACCCCGACGACCCUGUCAAUGUCUCUACCCACAGAGCUUGCUGGGGCUAUAUCUUUGAUUGAUAAAUUCCAGGUUGAGGGGUUUUUACGAUCCAUGCAGAAACAGAUCCAGUCUGCUGGGAAACGUGGAUUCUUCUCUAAAAAAUCUGUAGGUCCUCAAGUUCGUGAAAAAUUUACAUUGGAAGACAUGCUGUGCUUUCAAAAGGAUUCAAUUCCAACUUCUCUGCUUAAAAUAAGCAGUGACCUGGUAAGCCGGUCUGUAAAGUUGUUCCAGAUGAUCUUGAAGUACAUGGGGAUUGAUUCUUCAGAUAAAAUAAUGGUGCUGAGUCUUGAAGAGCGCAUAGAGCUAAUUGCAAAAAUUUAUAAGCACACUUUGAAGCGUUCUGAACUUCGAGAUGAGCUCUUUGUCCAGAUAUCAAAGCAAACACGCAAAAAUUCUGAUAGAAACUCUAUGAUAAAAGCUUGGGAGCUCAUGUACUUAUGUGCAUCUGCCAUGCCCCCAAGCAAGGAUAUUGGAGCAUAUUUAUCAGAAUAUGUUCAUUAUGUAGCUCAUGGGGUGAACAACGAACCUGAAGUCCAAGUCCUUGCUUUGAAUACACUGAAUGCAUUAAAGAAUUCAGUAAAGGCAGGACCUCGGCUUAUAAUACCUGCACGGGAGGAGAUUGAAGCUCUUUUGACUGGCAAAAAGCUUACAACAAUUGUAUUUUUUCUGGAUGAAACUUUUGAAGAAAUUACUUAUGACAUGGCAACAACUGUCGCUGAUGCUGUGGAGGAACUUGCAGGAAUCAUCAAACUCUCAGUGUAUUCCAGUUUCAGUCUAUUUGAGUGCCGAAAAGUUGUCAAUGGUUCAAAAUCUACUGAUGCUGGCAAUGAGGAAUAUUUAGCUUUAGAUGAUAACAAGUAUGUUGGUGAUUUGCUGGCUGAAUUUAAGGCAGCUAAGGACCGUAGUAAAGGAGAGAUCUUGCACUGCAAGCUCAUCUUUAAGAAACGAUUGUUUCGGGAAUCAGAUGAAGCUGUAGCUGAUCCAAUGUUUGUCCAGUUGUCAUAUGUACAGUUACAACAUGAUUAUAUGCUUGGAAAUUAUCCUGUUGGAAGGGAUGAUGCUGCACAAUUGUCUGCUUUGCAAAUUUUGGUUGAUAUUGGCUCUGUUGAAAAUCCUGAUUCAUGUGUUGAAUGGAUAUCACUUCUCGAAAGAUUUCUUCCUAGACAAAUUGCUGUUACACGAGCAAAGCAAGAUUGGGAGCUUGAUGUCAUCUCACGCUAUCGAUUAUUGGAACAUUUGUCAAAGGAUGAUGCUAAACAGCAGUUCCUUAGAAUCUUGAGAACUCUUCCUUAUGGAAAUUCUGUUUUUUUCAGUGUGCGGAAGAUAGAUGAUCCUAUAGGUCUUUUACCUGGACGAAUCAUUUUAGGAAUCAAUAAGCGUGGGGUUCAUUUUUUCCGUCCAGUUCCAAAAGAGUACUUGCAUUCCGCAGAGCUAAGAGACAUUAUGCAGUUUGGUAGCAGCAAUACUGCUGUAUUUUUCAAGAUGAGGGUUGCUGGUGUUCUUCACAUUUUUCAGUUUGAAACUAAGCAGGGUGAAGAAAUAUGUGUUGCUCUUCAGACACAUAUAAAUGAUGUGAUGCUCCGUCGAUAUGCAAAAGCACGCUCUGCUACUGGUGGAUCUAGUCAGGGUGAUAUUUCUCAAACAGUCAAAGCUCCAGGCCUAGAUUUAUAUGAAAAACGUGUACAAGAUUUGUCAAGAGCUGCUGAAGAAUCUCAAAAGAAUGCUGAUCAUUUGUUGGAAGAACUGAAUUUAAAAGAGAAACGAGAAGCAGAGAUGCAGGCGGAACUGGAAGAGCUCAAAGAAUCAUUGAGGCUGGAGAGGCAAAGUCUAAGAGAUAUUUCUUGUGAUCGCGACAAACUUAAAGCAAUAUGUGCUGAGAAAGAUUCUGCUUUGCAGUCUGCAUUGCUGGAUAAAAGUAAUUUGGAGGCUGCAGUAGCGAGAGCAAACAUUAAAGAACGAUUUCCAGUUGACUCCAAUCAUGAGAAGGAGCUUCUGGUUGUAUCUAACAAACAUGGGAAAGGUGAUUUAAUCAUGGGGAGUAUGAAGACAGAUAGUGUCGACAUCAAGUCAUUAAGCAAAACACAAGAGGAUCUGAAGGCAUGUAUGAAGGAGUUGCAUGCAUCAAAAGAAAGUUAUAAAACUUUGCUGAAGGAGAAAUCUUUGUUUGAACAAAAGAUCCAAAGGCUUGAGAAAAGGAAAAAUGAUGAGAAGAGUACAUUAGAGAAGAAGUUCGAAGAGGAACGGAGAAUACUCAAGACACGUAUUACAGAACUGGAACAUAAAUUGCAGGGCAUCAUGCAGGACUUGAGUAUUGCUAAUGCUUCUAUUUCUAUGAAAAACAAAGAAAUAGAUGAACUACAAAAUAAUGCAAAAGAGUUGGAGGAAUUACGAGAGUGGAAAGCGGUAUAUACAGCGGACAUUGAUAGAAAGAACGAACAAACUGCUGCCAUUUUGAAGAAACAGGGGGCACAACUAAUUGAGCUAGAAGCACUUUAUAAGGAAGAGCAGGUUUUACGGAAGAAAUACUAUAAUAUGAUUGAAGAUAUGAAAGGAAAAAUUAGGGUGUUUUGUCGUUUGCGACCUCUAAAUGAGAAGGAGAUUUCUGAAGGGGAAAAGAAUAUAGUUGCUAGUCUUGAUGAAUUUACACUUGCCCAUCCAUGGAAGGAUGAAAAGUCAAAACAACAUAUCUAUGAUCGUGUUUUCAAUCAAAGUGCUUCUCAGAAUGAGGUUUUUGAAGAUACAAAGUAUUUGGUGCAAUCCGCAGUUGAUGGAUAUAAUGUUUGCAUAUUUGCAUAUGGGCAAACCGGUUCUGGAAAGACUUUCACAAUUUAUGGUUCAGAAAGUAAUCCUGGACUUACACCAAGAGCAACUGAGGAACUUUUUAGAGUUAUAAAGCGUGACAGCAGCAAGUAUUCUUUUUCCUUAAAGGUAUAUAUGGUAGAACUGUAUCAAGACACUCUUGUGGAUCUCUUACUACCAAAAAGUGCAAAACGCUUGAAGUUGGAAAUAAAAAAGGAUUCAAAGGGAUUAGUCUCAAUUGAGAAUGUGACAAUUGUGCACAUUUCUAACUUUGAUGAAUUGAAGGCUAUUAUUUCUAGAGGAUCUGAGCAACGACAUACUGCCGGGACUCAAAUGAAUGAUGAAAGUUCAAGAUCACAUUUGAUAGUCUCAAUUAUUAUUGAAAGUACAAAUCUUCAAACUCAAUCUUUAGCUAGAGGAAAGCUUAGUUUUGUAGAUCUUGCUGGUUCUGAAAGGGUUAAGAAGUCCGGCUCUUCAGGAAACCAAUUGAAGGAAGCUCAGAGUAUCAAUAAGUCUCUCUCAGCUCUUGCGGACGUUAUUAUUGCUUUGUGUUCUGAUGGACAACAUAUACCAUAUAGGAAUCAUAAGUUGACUAUGCUCAUGAGUGACUCUCUUGGUGGCAAUGCGAAGACUUUAAUGUUUGUGAAUGUCUCUGCAGCAGAGUCAAACUUGGAAGAGACAUAUAACUCUCUAAUGUAUGCAUCAAGGGUACGAUUAAUUGUAAAUGACCCAAGCAAGAAUGUUUCAUCCAAAGAGGUUGCACGCCUAAAGAAGUUGGUAGCUUAUUGGAAAGAACAAGCAGGAAAGCGAGGCGAAGAUGAAGAACUAGAAGAGAUUCAGGAUGAACGACACUCAAAAGAGAGAUCAGAAGGUAGGGUUUCCUCUUGAAAGUGUAGCUUCAACACCAUGAAGCACCUUCAUCAUCACUGCACCUUCUCAGUUGGGAAAUGCAGAUGGCAUGCUCAAUGUUGCCAGCAGCAUGUUGUAUAAUGUUCGUGGCAUGCUCAGUUUUGUCAUCAACGCAUGUACACUGUUCUCUAAGUAUGCUGAUGUACAGUCAGAAGUCAUAAUUUUUAGACACAAAUCAUAAGAAAAGAUUACUCCAAAGAUUGUAAAUCAUGUGAUUUUGUUCAUCAUGAGUGUGCUCUUUUCCA